AAGCUGAAGAGACUCAACUCUGGCUGGAGCUGGACUAGAGUCUUGCUCAGGUUUUGUCGCUGAAUACCUUAUCUCUCGUCCCAGGAUGUUGUCCUCUAUGGUCAAAGAGCACCAAAGCAAACAAGCGGCACGCAAGGAAAGACAAGAGCAAAAGCGCAAAGAAGCGAUCACUGCGGCAAACAACUUAACUCAGGCCUUGGUCGAUCACCUUAAUGUCGGUGUUGCGCAAGCAUAUUUAAAUCAAAAGAGGCUCGAUGCGGAAGCAAAACACCUUCAUCAUAAUGCAACUAACUUUGCCAAACAAACUCAGCAGUGGCUCAAUUUAGUUGAGAACUUUAAUGGUGCGUUGAAAGAAAUCGGGGAUGCAGAAAACUGGGCAAGAAGCAUAGAAAAUGACAUGAGAACUAUUACCGCUGCUCUUGAAUAUAGUUACAAAGUGUCACAGGAAGCACCUCCAUCAUGAUCAGAAAAUUUUUCAUUCAUAUCUUUAUUUUCUAACAUUUGUUUUUCCCAGGUUGUUGUAUACUUUUGUUGUAUAAAUAAGACAUUGUCUUCAAAUAUAUUUUCAAUGUUUAUAAAA